CAGAGCAUCCUCAAGUGUUAUUAUUGCUGUCACGCUUCUUUACUGAAAGGCCUUAGAGUUAUAUUAUUAUGGGACCGGAUAAUCAUUGGCUGAGAUGAAAUUAUGGAAGACUGACAGCGCUGGAGUUUAAAAUUGAACUUAGUGUAUACAGAAGAUGUGACAGAAGGAGGUGCACACAUCCAAAACACGAUGGCUGCUCCCACAGUUAUCCCUAGGAGACAGUCUAAGUCUACAAAUGACACAGCUGCUAACUUACAUCCCAUAGGUGUAAAUGCAUGUGGGUAUAUGUCUAUUUUCUUAAACGGAGGAAACAGAGUGAAAACAGAUCUAAUGCAUGCACAGAGAGAAGUUGAUUUGGUGAAUCGCUGUUUUGCUGAUGUGGAGCGUUUCAUGGCGCAUCUGCAGGAGACAGCUGAGGCUAAGCACAUUCUAGAGCAACAGAGCAUUAAGAAGAAUAGCAAAAAGAAUAAGAAGAAAAGCAAGAAGAAGAAACAGCAGGAUGAAAGCCCUCUCACACAAAGCGGGACCCCGCCAUCAGAACAAGAAUUUGUGGAUAUUUUUCAGAAGAUUAAAUAUUCUGUCUGUCUACUGGAUCGGCUGAAGAUGAAAAUCUCAGAACCAACCGCAGAAGAACUCUUGCACCAUGUCUUCAUCCCUUUGCAAUUGAUGGUAAAGACCACAGGUGGUCCUGAGUUGGCAGCAACAGUCUCCAGCCCCGCUAUGACCAGUGGAGCAAUCUCUCUACUACAGCAGAACCUCAGUGAACAAGAGAAACAACUGUGGAAUUCACUCGGGUCAAACUGGACCGUGUCAUCCCCUCAACUCGGCAAGACAUACACACCUGUCUUUCUGGAUGGUUGGCAGCCAAUGACCAUAGACGCAUACGGACAACCCAUUGAGGACCCCAUAGAGUCCCAGCACAAAUAUGAAGCCCUAAUGCAGCAGGCACGUCUAUCUGGAUACCAGGAACAUGACGGGAUGGAAGACUCCUUGCCUCUUCAUGAAGAAAGGCUGUACUCUUGCAGUUACGACUUUGUGGCACGAAACAGUAGUGAACUCUCAGUUUUACAUGGAGAAACUCUGGAGGUGUUAGAGUCAUCAAAGCGAUGGUGGAAAUGUAGGAAUGAAUACGGCCAGAUUGGUUUUGUUCCACAUAAUCUCCUCGAGCCAAUCAAUCACGCAGAAGUUGACUCCACCAACGUAGUAAUGCGCAAGCAUUCCAUGAAAGCUCCUAUUCCUCCCCCGGGGGGAGGGAGGGUCUCCUGUUAUCUGCCCAGUUCAACUGCCAAAAAUGCAUUCCACUCUGAUCCACGCCCCCAAAGUAUGCCACCAAUCGGAGACAACAGAGAUAAAGCAAUGUUGAUGAAUGGUGAGCUCUUGCAGCGAUUGGCUAAUGGUAAAUCAGCAUCAGCACGUCCAGUGGUAAUUAACAAAGCAAAUGAGACCACCUCACCGCUGUACUACCACUCCUCUCAAGCUGAGGUUCAGGGGUGGCUCAGGGCCAAAGGCUUCAAUGAUUCCACUGUACAGAGUCUGGGUGUCCUAACGGGAGCUCAGCUCUUCUCUCUGAAUAAGGAGGAGCUGCGUGCCGUUUGUCCAGAAGAGGGAACCAGAGUAUACAGCCAGAUCAUGGUGCAGAAAUCACUGCUGGAGGAUGAGAGGAAGGCCACUGAGCUGGAGGCCAUAAUGAAGAAACAGAAGAUGAAGGUUGAUCUGAAAGCAGAGGGUGGAGAAUUUUAAUGGAUAUCACUUUCAUUCACACAUUCAGACAAGCAUUUCUGCUAAUGCUUUUACAGACAUGUGUGGCAUGAAUUAAGAUCUUUUUAACCAUAAUGAUAUUGGUUUAGUCAUUGAAAAUGGAUCUAUUUCAUCAUUACCAUUCACCAUAUAGAAAUCAAACAUGUGUAUGCCUUUAUGUAUUGUAUUUCAACUAUAAAUAAAAUUGAUGAAAAAUACUGACAUAUUACAUAUUACACAAAACCAUCUUUUUUUAUUUUUUAUACACAUGAUACAACCUGAGCACACUGGUUACUAAAUACCAUAAUGCAACUGUACACAGCUUGACCUUUACAUUGUUCAUUUAAUGAAAUUAAAGUGUUUUUAACAUCUACUUUUUAAUGUAUUGUUUGAUUACACUACAAGUUCAGAAAAAAUAUAUAUUACAAAUUAAAAUGGUAAUUGGAAAUAAAAUGUAGUGAGGCCAUGUGGCACAUGUAGCAGCAUAUCACACUUUAAAAAUAAAA